AUGCCCCAAACAGUUGAGUUCAGUGUCUUUAGAGGCUCUUCGAGUGGAGACAUUGUCCCGGGUACUAUAAGGCGGGACCUUAAGCCCACAGAGGUCUUUCUGGAUAUCUCACAUGCUGGUCUCUGUGGGACAGACCGGCUUUUCAAGGAGAAGGAAGUUGUCCUGGGACACGAGGGAGCGGGUACUGUCAGGGACAUUGGCUCCGCUGUGACCCAUUUGAAGCCUGGUGACAGGGUAGGGUUUGGAUGGGUGCAGAAGGUCUGCGGGCAUUGUGACUACUGUUUGAGCGGCAAGGACCAAUACUGUGACCAUCGCAAGCAAUAUGGAUCGGAUUUUGAAAUUGGCUCAUUUGCAACCCACGCUGUCUUUGAUAUAAGCAUGUUGAUCAAGCUCCCCGAUGAGCUUGAACUUGAGUAUGCCGCACCGUUGAUGUGCGGCGGGGCCACUGUCUGGGAGGCUCUGACGUCCUAUGAUGCGCAGCCGGGAGAUCGAGUUGCGAUUCAGGGCAUCGGGGGUCUUGGACACCUGGCCAUUCAAUUUGCGUCCGCGCUGGGAUACGAGGUCGUAGCACUCUCCAGCAGCCCGCAGAAGAAAGAUGAGGCAAUCGGACUAGGUGCAAAGGAAUUCCACGUCCUCAAAAACGGUAUUCCUGAGACGUCUAUGGCUAAAGUUAAGCAUCUAUUCUGGUGCGGGAACGCAGUGCCAGACUUUUCCAAGAUCCUUUCGUUUGUCGCCAACGGAGGCGUCGUAUAUCCACUCACUAUCAGCAGCCAAUCGCUUCAAAUACCUGUCCUCGCGCUCGAUGCCAAUGGCAUCAGGGUACAAGGAAGCGCGGUAGCCUCACGUCUGGCCAUUCGAAAAAUGCUUCGAUUUGUGGUCGUGCAUCGCCUACGGCCAAUCAUUAUGAGCUGGCCUAUGACAAAGGACGGCAUUCAAGCGGCCUUCAAGACACUGGAGGAUGGGAAGAUGCGGUAUCGCGGAGUGCUUGUUUCCCAGAGAUACUUAAUGGGAAAGCCAGUUGUUGAGAAGAUGAAGUAG